UUGGCAUGGCUGUGUGCAGCUCAGCUCUACAAUCUGCAUCCAUGAGGCUGCUGCCUGGACAUUUGGAUUCUCUCUGCAGAGCAACACAGCCUUGAUACGGAGCUGUACGGAGCCAGAGUGAGCCGUGCUGUGUUUUCACAGCAUGUUGCAGGGCAUUGGGAGAUAGAGAGGCAAUAAUAAGGGGGGACAACCUUACCACACACUUGAGCGAUGUUCCGUGAGCUGCUCUCUCUCUCGUUUCAGAGCGACAUAGAGACCUCGGACUAAUGGAGGGAUGCAAUGAUGUUACUCUUUGCUUGUCAUGCUUGAAUCACAGCUUCAUAUUUCCUUUUGUGUCAGAGACCUUAUUGUCUUCGUCUGUCACUGCCGCGGAAUCAACUGUGGGGUAGCGUGGCGGACAGUGCCCCCUCCUCAACCCCCCUCUCCCUUGUCUGUGCCCCCAGCUUCUCAUCACUCCCAGCACGCUCGUCUCUAUUUACCUCCUUUAAGCUACCCUCCCUUCUCUGGUGUUAAGCUCUGUCUUUCUUGCUCUCCUGCUCUUUACCGCUUACUAUCUCCCUCCUUUUGCUCCUUCAAAGCGUGCAGUCUGCUGUUCUACCCAAGCAGCUCGCUAUAUGAUCUCCUGGAAACCAGUUUUCGCUGCUGUGCUGCUAUCUCACAAUUCCUGAGCCCUUCUAGAUUUCUAUCUCCACAGCGGCAGGAUGUUUCUUCAAGAGGAUUGAUCCACGUCCACCCUCUUUCACUUCCCCCUUUCCCUCCCCUUUCCUGAUCUCCUGCCCUCUGACCCUAACCCUCUUGCUCUCUACCCACCCCUUUCCUACUCACCCUUAUCCCGAGCCUCUUUCCCCCAUAAUUCAUUCCACCCCCUUGACCAUGUUGCCAUGUGUCUGCUGGCUCCAACUGAUCCUCAUCUUGCUGUCCUCUGCCUUAUGGACCCUGGGGGAGAACUGCCCAGCGACCUGCCUGUGCCCAGAUCCUCACACUGUGGACUGCAGCGGCCGUGGGCUGACCCGUUUACCCGAUGAGAUCCCUUUGGAUGUGCGCAGGCUUUUGCUGGCUGACAACUGGAUACCCCGCAUCCCCUCGGACUUCUUGGUUCUGUACAGUGACUUGGUCUACCUUGACCUACGGAACAACUCCCUCUCGCACAUAGAGCCAGGGACACUAAGCACAUCUUCCAGGCUGGUCUUCCUUGAUUUAGGGAGCAACAAUCUGACUGAAAUCCCUAAGGGGACUUUUGGGGAGUCCCGAAGCUUGAUCAAACUACGUUUGGGUAACAACCCCUAUCUGAGCAUGGUGAGCGAGGAGGCUUUCCUUGGCCUAACCUCUCUACGAGAGCUGGAACUGGAGCGUAAUGCGCUGUCUACCCUUAAGGUGGGGGCACUAAGUCAGUUGCCCUCUCUGCGGGUGGUGAGGCUAGAGGGCAACCCCUGGGUGUGCAACUGCAACUUUGCCAACCUGUUCGCAUGGCUGAUGGAGAACAGUCAGAAGCUUCCAAACGGAGUGGAAGGCAUCGAGUGCUCCCUCCCCAUGGACGGCAGGCGAGUCUCCCUGACCCAGCUCUCUAAGGACAGCUUCCGCGAGUGCCAGGCCACCUUGACUCUAACGGACCUGCUCAUCAUCAUUUUCUCUGGCAUCUCCGUGUCUGUGGUGGCCAUCAUGACCAGCUUUUUCCUGGCUUCAACUGUUCAUUGCUUCCAACGCUGGAGUAAAGGCACCAAGGGGGAUGAGGAGGAGAGUGAGGAGUGAGAUUUUCUUUUAAGGGCCAGCAUUGUCCCGGUACUUCAAACAAUGAGAGGACAGAGUAUGCUGCUCCCUCCCUGGUGAAUAUCCAGGAUGGUUCAAUGGCAGGAUCUUGUCCUUGUGAGGGUGCAGCUGUUGUCUUGGCAUGUGGACAUUGGAAACACGGUAACAAGGACAUUCCCAAGGAAUGAGCCAUUUAAAGAUAGUGAGAGUUCUGCUCUACGUGCUGAGUUAAAUCGUAGAAAUCACGUUUAUGGCUGUAAGAGCCAGUAGUCAUGUUUAUGGCUCAGUGUUAUAGGCCUACAGGCAACUAUAGCAAGGUAAACACAUUUAUAAAAACACAAAAGAUUUAUAGAAACGUCUUUGUCCUAGAAAAAGUGAUCGAUCUAGGCACUGGAGUCUAAUGAAUUGGGGCUUCAUCUGUGAUAAAUUGUUAAAUCUCUUAGGAAAAGGAUGUCACACUGACCAAUGACCUCAGUAUUUAACUGCCUAUAACAUGAUAUGCUGGCAUAUCCUGCCAUUUACAGUCUUCUGUGGACAGCAUCUCUCACUGACAUCCAAAAGUGUUUCACAAGCACCAGAAAAGGCAAAUACUGUUGUUGCUUCUGCAUGUAAAAUUAGACGGAUGCAGAGGUUUAGGGUUGAACAAGAAGGAGUUGGACAAUGGCGAGAUGGUAGGUAGCUAACAUACUGUAGGCAGGACAUUCCCAGUGGGUCUACACGAUCUGUAAGCAGUAUAUUCAUUAUAUAAUCACAAAUUUAUGUACAAAAAGAAAACAAUGUACAGUCAAAGAAAUGUUAUAAAUCUAAAGGAUGUACUGUUUUUUCCUUAGAUUGAGAACUGUGAGCUGUAUAGAGAGGUAUCCAGAAACAGUAUAAUCUUGAAAAUUAUGGCAAAUAUGGUAUUGAAAUAGAGUAGAACUAUUGUGUCAAAUAAUGCACUUUAUAUGGUGAAGCUAAUUAUGGCGAGCCCCUAAUUACACUAUGUAGACUGGUUUUGUCUUCAUCUGCCAAAGAUUAGGGUUAGGAGAGACUGCAUUUAAGGAUUAUUGUGGUUUAUGUUUAUUUACUGAGGUAGGGAUAGCUCCUAAAUAUGAAGCAGUACAAGAGCCAAAUUAGAUACACACAUUUUAACAGUGUUGGGUGAAACACAUAACAAAGUGAUCCGUUAGAGUACCCCCAAUUUUUUUUUUUUUUUAUUAGAGAGGGUAACAUACCAUGUUAGUUCAGGAAGUGGACCAGUGAACCAGGAAGUGACUCCGUGUCAAGCUUUGCCCUGCUUGAUUAAUGUUACUAGGUUAGACAUAAGCUCUUCUCACCAGGCCCCCCUCUAAUAGAAACAACAGUAUGGUGAAUGGGGAUUAAAGAAAUUCAUAGACAAAUAA